CUUUUCUGUGCGACUUUCCUGUUGGGCAGCCGCACAUGACAACGCUUCAGGCAUGGCGCACAAGACAAGGACCGCGACAAAUGAAACGGAUCCCCGCCAAUGCCGCCUGCCUCGGCGAAUUCUCGACACCCUCGAGCUGCUUGAGCUCAUCCUGCUGCAGCUCGAUAUGCGCACCCUCCUCACCAGCGCGCAGCGCGUCAGCAAGAAAUGGCACGCUUCCAUACAGGGGUCUCCGGCUUUACAGAGACGCCUUUUCUUCAUGCCCGACAACAACACGAGGUUGCGGGCCCACAAUGACGACGACUACGAGACUCUACCCAUUCACAACCCGCUCCUGACGGAGCUCUUUCCGGCCUGGUUCAGCAAUGGAGACAAGACCAUUCCUCCCGUGAGUACCUGCGGGAGGCAGCCUUUCGCCAGGUCAGAGCAUUUCCCGGCCGUCAUGACGGCCGGCGCCUCGUGGCGCCGCAUGCUCGUCCAGCAGCGGCCUGCUAUCAGCCACAUCGGGGAGUGGCGCAAGGCCAGCAGCUGGCAGGGGGACGUGAGCGGCAUGUCAGAGCUAUAUGCGUGUCACUCCCCGCCGGCACCGCCUGGUGGACAAUGCGAAAGGGAAUCAAGAGAGGAAGAGGAUGACGACACAGGCGGUGCGUCCAUGAUCCAGCUCGUGCGGCAGCACCCAAAGAGCACCGCUAGCAGCAGCAGUAUUCGAGCUCGCGAGAUCGAUGGCUGGCUGCGCAUGGGCCCGCUGUAUGACAUUGUCAUGCGCCACGUCGCGAACAAGGCGCAACGUAUCGUGCUUUCCUGGACGGACAGGAGUAGCAGUGCCUUCUGUGGGAUCUCAGACGUCGACAUGCCACCGAACCAGGCCGCCGUUGCCGCUGCUGCUGCUGCCGCUGAGGGUGUCGCAGCGGACCAUUGGCAAGAACGGCAGCGCGUGAAGGACGAGUUCCAUAAUCAGAGAGUCCAGCUGGCAGCGCGUGCCGGGCUGGUGCUGGCGAUUACCAACUACUACGGCAGGUGCGGGACUGGAUCAUAUCGGACAGAGAUUCGCGAGUUCAUCGAGAAGUUUGUGCAUCCGGAUUGCCCGAGGGACUUUUGGGAACCGCCGCAUCCCGAGUUUGAACUGGUCCGCAAAUGGGAGGGCUCCGUAGAGGACUGGGAGGACGACGACCUGUAGAAGUGUAGCCGGGCCUGUAGGAAUAGGCACUCGUGUUACGCCAUAAUGAGAGACCAGAGGAAAGCAAACUCAUACCGGGUGGGCUUGGGGAUGUUGGUUGGCUAUUCGCGAUUGUGCCUUGCCACGUGUGACACAUGUUGGCUGGGCACAUGCCAAAGUCCAAUUCUUUUCUAGGCAUCACCCCACCAAGCCAAGGCCCUACUUUGUAUCCCUGAUGUCCACAUCGGCCUUCCUCACAAUUACCUGCAGCCUUC